CUCUUUUUCUCAUUGUAUGCUUACAUACUACUGAUAAACUCAGAUUAGUACUAAUUUAAAAUACCUGUUUUCAUUUCCUGUUAGUCUUUGGUUAUCUAUCGUGUUCAGAUCUGCCGCUGCAACAAUGAGUUGCAGUGACGGUGGCGAUGAUGAAACAGUAAACUGAGAGAGGACGCGGAGGAGAGAAGGAGAAGAAAAAAAAAGAAGAGAAAGUGUGAGAGAAUAACAAAGAUCGGAGAGAAAAGUGUCAUCGCCGCUUCUGGUUCGAGUAGAGGUCGACAAUGAAAGGUACUGUAAAAGGAGAGAGAAAUGGGAGAGAAUGGCCGGAGGGGUGCCGCUGGUUCACUGCCACCCCUCUGUUUUCGUUCGAAGAGUGGUCAUCACCGUCCCAGUCAAAGAGAGAGAGAGAGAGGAGGGAAGUGGAGAGGGCCACCCCUGGCUACACAUCACGGUCAGCGUGCGAGCAAGAAGCCACCAUCAACACUGAGCUCAGAAUGGACGGCUACCUCAGCCCAUUCCUAGUCAUCGGAUAACAGGGGACAAAGAGGGAAGCCACGAUCAUCAGGCCAAGAUCUUUGGUUUAACCUCUCUUUAACGACAGAAGAUCUUCCGUUUUCAGCAGAAAUUGAUCCAUUAACCGAAGGGGUGUCGCUGGUUUGCUGCCCCUCUAUUUUCGUUCAAAGAGGGGUCAUCGCCGCCGUUGGAGUGAGAAGCGGGGUGCCGCUGGUUCGCCAUUGUGUGCAGCUGUGUCUUUCACUCUUCAGUGUUCGAAGAAGGGUGUCGCUGGUUCACCACCCCUCUAUUUUCGUUCGAAGAGGGGUCAUCACCGCCGCUAGAGCGAGAAGGGGGGUGCCGUUGGUUCGCCGCCUCUCUAUCUCUUUCUUCCUUGUCUUUUUUCCCACCCCUUCCCUCAUUUAUUUUUGCAUUUUGGAUCAUAGUUCACCAUCGUCUUGAAACUCCCAAACUCGAGCUAGACGUCACAGUGGUGACAAACCGUAGAUUCUCCGGCAGGCAAAAUCCGAUGUUAUGAAAGGGGUUUUUAGGUGCAAAAAUGAUAGGGAUGUAUAAUCUUUUUCGCCUUUAUGUUAACAAACGUUAAGGGAAGAAUUAGUCAAUUAUAAGAAACAGUAAGAAUAAUAUUAGUCACUUUUAAAAAAAUAAGAUACACUUAAUCAAUUAAGUAAACCAUAAGUAACAAAGUAAGUAAGGAUUAGUCAAUUGUACUAGACUAUCAUGUAUCCAUUCAUGGGGAGCUCUAAUUAAAACUGAAGUUAUUAAACUCCUAAGUAACAAAGUAAGGAUGGAGACAAAAAAAAGGAAAGUAUCUUUGUGUACUCUUUAUUCACGCAAGACAUAUUUAUUAUCCAUUUCUUCACAAACACACAUGCACACAGAAAAUUGACUAUCCAAAAAUCUGUGCUUUUUAUAAGACCUAUCCAAAAAUCUGUGCUUGAAAGAAACCUCAUUUCUUCUUCAGAAGACCCCCUUGGGUAUGUCAGAUUAUUUCAUCUGAAGGUUUUGAUCAUUUUCUUCUCCCUUAGUUUUGCAAUUAAGGUUCUGUUACCUUAUAACAAGACCUCUUGUUAGUAAGAACCUUUUAACGCCCAAUACACGUCGUCUCUGUGUUCUGGGAUUUUGAUUUUCAGGAUUGGAGAAACAUGUCCCAGAUUCUUCCUUUUCCUAUGAUUCAACCUUGUCCCUGUAUCGAGGAAAGGUUUUGUGCAGGAACUCGCAUAAAUACAAGGGUUUAUCGCAGAACACUGGCUUGAUCUGGAUUUCGUUCUUAAUUCUGUUUCCGAAGACCCAUAUUCUGUGUACAAAAAAAUUGCUGUGCUCUUGUCAACCCCAAAAUGUUGCUCUUCGGUUCUCAGUCCAUGUUGUGCUGUGGUCGGCAUCAAGUAACCUCUGAUGAAGAUACUGCAGACGUGCGAGAAGUUGGGCCGCAUUGUAGCAACGACUUCCGUGUUCAUGGAAAUCAAGGUCACAUACUCACAGGGAGGUUGUUGGAAUUCGCCUCCGUGCCUUCCCACCAGUUCCAGUUAGAGUAUUCAGCGCUCACUCAGCGGGGCUACGAGCCCCGUAGGCCUGGUAAAGAAAAUCAGGAUAGUUUCUGCAUCAAGACCCAGGUCCAAGGUAACCCAAACCUCCAUUUCUUUGGGGUCUUUGAUGGGCACGGCGAGGAUGGCGCCAGGUGUUCGACUUUUGUUCGGAAUAGGCUGAUGGAAAUCCUCUCAGCCGAUCCCUCGUUGGCAGAGGAUCCUGUAGAAGCAUACAAUUCUGCCUUUCGGGCCACAAAUUCUGAACUUAAUGAAAGCGAGAUAGACGAUUCAGAGAGCGGUACAACUGCAAUUACCGUCCUGGUCAGUGGUGACAAACUUUUCGUGGCAAAUGUGGGUGACUCGAGAGCAAUAAUUGCUGUCAAGAGCGGGAGUCGUGUUGUUGCAGAAGACCUAUCACAAGAUCAGACACCAUUUAGGAGGGAUGAAUAUGAAAGGGUGAAGCUUUGUGGGGCAACGGUUUUGAGUUGCAGUCAGUUGGAAGGGGUCGAUGAUCCAGAAAUUCAGUCAUGGGGUGAAGAAAGUGAAUGCGAUGAUCCCCCAAGGCUGUGGGUGGUGGAUGAUGAGAAGUGGAUGUGUGGGACUGCAUUUACAAGGAGCCUGGGUGAUAGUAUGGUUGAGAAGAUUGGAGUGAUUGCUGUUCCUGAAGUAACCACGGUUCAGCUCACAUCUAAUCACUUGUUCUUUGUUAUUGCAAGUGAUGGUGUAUUCCAAUUCCUCUCCAGCCAAGCCGUCGCCAAUAUGGUGAUGAGAUACAAAGAUCCUCGGAAUGCAUGUGCUGCCAUUGCUGGAGAAUCAUAUAAGUUAUGGUUAGAGAAUGGCUAUCGAAUAGACGAUAUCACAAUAAUUGUCAUAAAUAUCAAGCAUCAGUCUAAUGUAUGAACGAGACAAGUAUUCCUCUGAAUGGAAAUACAUUAGAUUUUCAAGUGAAACCAAAACCCAACCUAAAAAGGUCAAAUCGGAUUAGGUUGGGUUGAAAUUUGGAUUCAAAAUUAUGAACUUGAUUUCAGGUUGAGUUGAGGCCUUAACCUGAACCUGACUUAACUUUAUAUUUUUAUGUAUAAAUAUCAUAUAAACAUACAUUUAUGUAUC